CUAGGCUGCUGUGCAUACAAUGGACGUAGGAAAAGAUAUUUACAAUUUUUUCUUACUCUUUAUAUAAGCUAUAUGACUGUGUAUGCCUUAAGAACAGCAUUCCAAUUACGCAAAGAUUUUUUUUAAGGCUUGUUGCGUUACACCAUGUUAAAAUUAACAGCAUUAUAAACUAUAUCCACUCUUACCAUAUUGUUUUGAGAAAUUCAGAUAAAGAUUACCAAUAGAAAUCUGUAAAAUCCUACAAGCUGAGCUAUAUUAUACCUGACAAUAUAGUGAUAGCCUGAUCUGAGGAGUAGAAAACUGAGUAUUUUAAAAUGAUGAAAAGAUAUUCUGGCAGCGUAGCUUAAAGAAGCUUAAGAUAGGAAGCCUAAAUUAACAUUAACCUUUAUUACAGGAGGAGAGGUUAACCUAAGGUAAAAAAGAACACAACUUAACAUGACUUUUUAAAUAGGAACAUUUAAAUGGAAUCACAGCUUAAGCUAAAAUAGUCUACAGAAAUUUCAUUUGGUACUGUUUAUGUAGGCAAUCUUACAUGUUAUGUUUUGAGGCAUUAACAUAGCAUAAAAUAUAGAAACGGAGAAGUUAACUAAUUCAAAUUAUAACAACCAACUAUUUUAUUGAAUAUGCUCGCUUGGCAAUAAAUUUGAGUCAGCACCAACGACAGCUCUGCAGUCCUCCAAUGUAGUGCAGAUCAGGUGGUUGCAGAGCCCCAGCUAGCAGCAAUACGAUGCAGCUGAAGAGGCAAGCACAAUCCACAGACAGCAACUGUAGCUACUCUCUAGAACAAGACGACCUCUAAGCUUAAAUCUUUCACAGAAAUGAUGUGCUGAUAUUGCAGAAGAGAUUACGGCAACAAUGGAAUACCAGAUAUUGAAUACAUCUACCUGUCUGCUGGUCCUUCUGUUUUUCAUACCCACUGUUUCGGGUAUCUGUCCUUCUAACUGUACAUGCUCAGGAAACGACAGGAAUGUGGACUGUUCAGGCAGAAACUUAACUAUACUGCCACAUGGACUUCAAGACAACAUUACAUAUUUAAAUCUGUCCUUUAACCAGUUUGUAGAUCUCGAUCAUCAGCUAACGAGAUUCACCAAUUUGAGGACCCUUGAUAUUUCAAAUAAUUGGCUCAAGAAUGUUCCUGCUCAUCUGCCCAAGUCCUUAUGGGAAUUAUAUGCCAUAAACAACAACAUUAAAGUUCUUCAGAAACUUGAUACAGCUUACCAGUGGAAUCUUAAAGUGCUCGAUGUUUCCAGGAAUAUGGUGGAAAGAGCUGUUCUGAUCAACAACACACUGAGCAGUCUCAAGUUUCUCAAUCUCAGUAGCAACAAACUUUGGACAGUUCCAACCAAUAUGCCCUACAACAUAGAGACGGUGGAUCUAUCCAAUAACUUCUUGUCCCAGAUACUUCCAGGAACACUGGUGAGACUACAACACCUUACAAGCCUCUACCUGCACAACAACAAGUUCACAUACAUUCCCGACAAAGCUUUUGACCAGCUCCUUCAGCUGCAAGUGGUAACACUAUAUAACAACCCAUGGUCCUGCAGUGACAAACAAAAUAUCCCCUAUUUGCUUAAAUGGGUGCAAGGAACAGCUGCCAGUGUUAUAGGGGCUCCCUGUGCUAAUCAAUCUCUGCUUUGGAUGGAUGCCACACCAACUUCAGCAGCUCCCACAGUUAUAGACUCUAGCCUCAUGAUUAAAGGAAUGAAGGCAGCAGACAAAGCUACUUCUCCAGUGGCAACAGAACCAACCAAAAUGACAAAAAUGCAUAAACAAUUUAAAGCUAAGGAAGUUACUACCUUGGCAACCUUAAGCCAAACUGUAGUGUUUACGAGCACAGACCGACCACUACUCCUCUACCCAGAAGAUCUGACAACUAGGAAGGUUAGUUCUCAAGAAGCAGCAGCCACACACACAAUGUACAUCAAAGAUUCAACCGAGGUGAACUCAAGCCUGACUCGUUCAACAGGAUCAGCCACUACUCCUAUGACUUUAAGCAUCACCAGUGGAAUGCCAACAAACUACUCCAAAAUGCCUCAAAGCACAACUGCUACCUUAAGGAAAGAGGAAUCCACUACAAAUAAUUUGAAUACUCAUGUGCCCUCCAAAGCAAGUAUCUGUGACAUGUAUUUGUUUUAUGUUGUAAUGCUUAAUGCAGUGGCAAUGUUUAUUGGCUAAGGGCUUGUACCUUGUGAAAAUUAUUGAGUUUAUUCCUGUGAUACAUAGCUGGAGUUAAGACAUCCAGUUGAAAUAAUGAACCAACAAACAAGAAAUUCGAAGUUCUGACUCUGAUCUAAAGAAAAUAACAGUUCUUAAUUAAAGAAGUGCACACUAAUGUCUUGAUACUAAGCUGCUACUUAUUUUAAUAUGUCUUAAUUGAGUAAAACUAACCUUGAUUUUGUUUUUAAAAAUGUGCUUAUUUUGUAUUUAAAUUUUUAAUUUUACUUGCACAGAAUAAAACAUCAGAAUUUUAAGUACUGAUUUUAUGUAUGAUUUUGUCAUUAAACAACUGGAAAAAAAUAGAAGGCCUGUAUCAUAUCUGCAUUGUCUUGCUUGACUUGCCAGUGAGCAAUUCUUGUAAUAUAGCAGCACAGAUUCCUUGUAAGUUAUGACGACAUGCAAAAGGAAGGGAAAAAAUAAAGGAACUAAACCUAGCUGUUUCACUAAUCAGAAGUUAUUCCUGAGAAAAAUUGCUAGCAUGUGUAUCUAUGUUUGCUUCAUAUGUAUUAGGAUAUUUUAUAUAUGAAGAACAACAGUUUUGAAUUUAAGAAUUAAAUAUGACAAUGCCAUGAUGUCUACUAAGAGGGUGUAAACUGAGAAGGCAACAUGGUCCAACUUCAGCAUGGGAAAAGUGGUAGGGGCUGAUAUCUUUUUGCUCUGUCUUGACUUAGAGAUUGCAGGCAAGUUAUUUCUCACUCCAUAUUAAAAAAAAAAAA